GUGCAUUAUUAAACAACACGAUGUCUUGUAACCCAUUUCGGCAAUGAACCUCACGACGACUAGUUCUUUACGAACUUUAGUGUUCCCGUCUACUGAAUUCAGAUAAUGUUCGGUAUGCUUUAUACCGGCCAACUGAGCCUACCCCGUGUAGAUCCCCCAACCCCGCGAACGCUUGACUUGACCUGGAGAACUGGGCCCGUUCAACAGCCGGCAAUUUAUCCAUCAAUGUAAUCUUCAUCGUUGCGUGCGUCCGACCCGGGACAAGAGCUGCAGCUAGUAUAAACUAAACGAACUAUAAAAUGAUAGAAGAUGUCUACGAGAGUUCUGCAGGUACUCUGCAAUGUUUCGCUCUUCGUGCUGGGGAGCAGUGCUGCUCUUUGUAGCUGCAGUUCCAAUUGCAGAAGGGAAAAUCGAUCGCAAACCUAUUGUCAGGCAAUUCAAUUUGCACUUGAAUGAGUCGCAUGUUUACAGCCCCAUUCAAGUCGGCAACGGUGAUUUUGCCUUUGGAGUGGACGUCACAGGCCUUCAGACAUUCGUUCCCCACAACACGCUCUCCUCAUGGGGUUGGCAUAAUUCAUCGUUGCCCACCACACCAGGCCAGACUUCGCCUGAAGACUUCACUGGUCUUGACUGGUGGACACACGAUCGAUUGAUCAACUAUGCCCAACCUAACCCGGCCCAAAAGGACAUCAGCCAAUGGAUGAUUGCAAAUCCCCAUAAGAUCAAUCUUGGGCGGAUUGGGCUCUCAUUCGGAGGGCUCAAUGUCUCCGAGGACGACUUGCAAGAAAAGUCACAGACCCUGGAUCUUUGGAAUGGGCUGGUUACGUCCUCAUUCCAAUACAAAGGCAAGCGUGUUGAGGUUGAAACGGUCGCUUGCCACGACUCUGACACCGUCGCUGUCCGCAUUAAAUCAGAUCUUGUGCGAGCAGGCCAAUUGGGAGUCUUUUUUGACUAUCCCUAUGCGAGUGGAAAGAAUAAGUUUGAUGCGCCUUUUGUUGGGGUCUGGAAUCAGACGAACAGCCACCAAACCGAGUUGAAACAGAGCUCGCAUGCAGCUACUAUCGUGCAUACUCUCGAUGCAACACGAUAUCUCACAGAGAUUGAAUGGGAGGGAGCUGCUGAGAUCAGAGAGCCUAAGGAUGGAUCACACCGGUAUACGUUCAAAGGUGACGGGCAUGCCGAUACACUGUCAUUUACUGUAACGUUUGCCCCGGAACCUGUUAAAAAGGCCGGAGGUUUCCACACCAUCAAAGCUGGAUCCGAGAGCUGGUGGAAUGGGUACUGGAACUCUGGCGCCUUUGUAUCGUUACCCUCUGGUACGAACUCGUCUGCAAAGGAACUUCAACGUCGCAUCAUCCUGUCUCAAUACCUCCUCGCUGUCAAUGGUGCAGGUCGGGAUCCUGCUCAAGAGUCUGGCCUGGUCAACAACGGUUGGUAUGGCAAGUUCCAUAUGGAAAUGGUGUUCUGGCACCUCGCACACUGGACACUCUGGAACAAGUGGAAUCUGUACGACCGCAGCAUAGGCGUUUACGAACGUUUCUUGCCGACUAGCAUUGAGCGUGCGAGAGAUCAGGGUUGUGAUGGCGCUCGCAUCGGAAAAAUGAGUGAUCCUACUGGACGUUCAGCGCCGGGUCAGAUCAAUAGUGUCCUAAUCUGGCAACAACCGCAUCCGAUGUACUUUGCUGAGAUGGAGUAUCGCAGUUUCCCCACGCAGGCGACACUAAAGAAAUGGGACAACGUCCUUUCUUCCGCAGCAGACUUUAUGGUUAGCUAUGCUUGGUACAAUGAGACCACAAAGGUUUACGAUCUUGGUCCACCCAUGUACCCUGUGUCCGAGAACACUAAUCCAAACGAGACCAUCAAUCCCACCUUCGAACUCGCAUACUGGCGAUUCGGACUGGACGUAGCGGAGAAGUGGAAGCAACGACAGAACCAGUCGAUUCCAUCCAAAUGGGUGACAGUCAGAGAAAAUCUUGCCUCAUUCCCAGUGGAAAAUGAUGUCUACGUCUUAUACGAAGGCGUGAAAGACAUGUGGACUACACCCGAGCUUUCAGAAGAUCACCCUGGACUCCUAGGUAUCUACGGAUGGCUACCACCGGACUCACAAUUGAACCUUACAAUAUUUAACCAGACAGUAGACAAGGUAUACCAGUCUUGGAACUUCACUUACUCAUAUGGCUGGGAUUUCCCACUUCUAGCGAUGACGGCCGCGAGAAUGGGCGACGCUGAAACAGCUGUGAAUUGGCUGCUCGAUGAGAACAAUCAAUUCGAUGAGGUUGGUAUGCCAGUUGGCGGCACUCGAGUUCCAACUCCCUAUUUCCCGGCCAGUGCUGGGCUGAUGUUGGCUGUGGGAAUGAUGGCUGGUGGAUGGGAUGGACUCGAGGGACCUAUAUUUCCUGAAGAUUGGGACGUUAAAGUUGAGAACUUUGCAACGGCCAUGUGAAUUAGUGCUUCAUGUAUUUUGUACGACUUCAAUAAAGUUUUGUUAGAACCAAGCAAAUGCAUAAUAA